AUGUCAACAUCCUUUUACCGUCAGCUCGUUUUCAGGGAAAUAGUCGCUUCGGAAAUGCAGGUCCGUUGGAUCAUACUGGUGAGCAUCAUGCUGUACGAUUCAGGCUUGUUAAAUUCAAAGGUCGUUUAUGCUCGCCACUUUGUUUACGAACCGUACAACUAUGUCCAGCAUCAAAGCACCAAUCCUUAUGCGUCAUACAACAAACGUGGCCCCGAACUUUUUAUCAGUCGCUUGACCGGAUCACGUCCAAGGAGAUAUAGUUGGGAUGAGCAACAAGACAGCAAAGGAAUGGAGUAACUAUUUAUCCAAUUGUCUUUUCCAUUAUUGCCUGGAACAUUGACCACGGCAGCUUCCAUGUGCAUUUACU